UUAUUUGUCUUAAUUCGUAUAACUCAACUCUUCGCAUAGAAAUGACUGAAAGUUGUUCACUUCUAAAUCUACAAAUACCAUCCUUUACCAAACACCGGUAUUCCAUUACUGAUUUCGGUCCGAACAUUUUUUCACGGCGUUUCUUCAAAUCCAUUUCUUUCUCACACCCGUUAUCAAAGUUCCAACCUUGUCGAGUUUCCCGUCCAACCCGAGCCACGUCAGCUCCCAUGGAAGUUGAACGAAGUGAAGGGUCUUCAGCAAACAGUGGUUCAUCCCCACCAAUGAAGCUCUUGUUUGUCGAGAUGGGUGUCGGUUAUGAUCAACACGGACAGAACAUAACAGCUGCAGCUAUGAGGGCGUGCGGGGAUGCCAUUUCUUCUAAUUCAAUCCCGGCUUUCCGGAGAGGUUCCAUUCCUGGUGUCAGUUUUGAUCAGAUGAAAUUGCAGAUCAAGCUAGGGGUUCCUCAUUCUCUCCAGAAAUCUUUGGAUAUUGAGAAAGUCAAGUCUGUAUUUCCCUAUGGAAAAAUUAUGAAUGUUGAAGUUGUGGAUGGUGGUUUGAUCUGCUCAAGUGGGGUGCAUGUGGAAGAGAUGGGUGACAAGAAUGAUGAUUGUUACAUUGUGAAUGCUGCUGUUUAUGUGGGCUAUUAACUUUCAGCUUCUGGAGAGCUUUGUUCAGUUUAUUCUCCUGUCAAUAGACUUCUGAUUUAAUAAUUUAUGGUGUCUGCUGUAUAAUAAUAUAACAAAUUGUACAUUUCUAUAUUCCAUGUCCCAGUUCUUGCUUAGUCAUUGUAGGUUUUCAUACCAUGAGAGCGCCAUUCUGUUCUGACGUAUGUAUAAAAUUAAAAGUUGAACUCUUUUACUUUUAAAUGCACUUGAAUUUG